AUGGCGCCUUUCCAGCCGGUUCUGUUUCUGGCAGGGGCAGCUGUUGCCAUAGCUGCCUCCAAUGAAAUGGGUCCUGCCGCCUUCAUGUGGCCGCCCGAUCGUGCCUGGUCCGAGCAAAUGGACAAUACGCCGCCUUGCGGCUCAGUUGCGCUCGUCACCAAUCGGACGAAGUUUCCACUAACCGGGGGCAAAGUGGCUCUUGUCGCCCAGGAUGACUCCUAUCGUGCGCAGCUGAGCAUCUCCUUUUCAAACGACCCGCAAACACAAUCCGACUUCGGCUAUGUCCUCAACACCGCCCCUAUUGCCGAGCUCGACCCGGGCCACACCUGCCUCGACAUCCCUAACCCACCAUCAACCAUCGCCCCCGGGACAAAUGCCACCAUUCAGAUCAUCUACACAGCUGACUUUGACCGCCCCGAAAACCAGACAUUUUACGCAUGCGCCGACAUUACAUACGUCACCGACUUCAACCCGGCCAACAUCCCCUGCUUCAACAGCACUGUUCCCGAGGACGUUCCCGCUCCUACGUCGACGGGGAUUCCGACCAAUCUGCCAGGCCACGGCGACGAGGGACCGCCUUUGGAGCUGCCGUCGUCGGAGCCCUCGUCAGUUCCAGUGACGGACGGCCCAGGGGCACGGCUCUCGAGCGGGGCGAUAGCCGGUGUGGUUGUCGGCGUGGUGGUUGGGCUCGGCCUAAUCGCCGGGUUGGCGUUCUUGUUUUACAGGGAGAGGCAGAGGAAGAAUCGGCUCAUUCGGCAGAGGGAUUCGGCCAGGGGCGUCAAGUGGGUUGAGGACCCCGCCAAGGACUCUGUCUCGGCCGAGACUAUUCGAAUGGGGAAUAUGUCGUGA